UACUUGGAUUUUAUAAAGACAGUAGAGAACUCCCGAUGGAAUGGCGCGGUGGAAAAACAAUUUUGAACCUGAUAUCAAAAAUUUAAUCACACUUUUUUCAGGAUUUAGUGAGGAAGAAGAUAAUUUUAAGAUCUGUUUUCAGUUUGCUGAUUCUAAUAUUAAAUAUCACAGAUUUCUCAGUGUUGACAGCCACAAAGUCACCCAAUCAUUAAAAGGUGUUAUAGACAAGUGUACGAUUCAUUCUGAACAGAGGAAAGCAAACACACUUAAGACAUUAACAGAUGAAUUUUUAGAAACUCCAGUGUUUGAAGGAAAAAAAGAAGGAAAGACAGAUACCCACUAUGGCUUACUGAGUUUACUGCUACAUCUAGCUGAAUCUCCAACACAUUGCAGUUAUGACGGAUCUGACUUAGUUCUACAAACUGAAGAACCAGAGGAUGAUUUUGAUUGGACAGCAUUUCUACUGGAUGGUGAAUACAGGCCAUUACAGGUGUAUGAUGACUUGGAGUCAGAUUCAGAAGAAGAAACAUUAACAGAAGAUGAAGAUGAACAAGACAAAAAGAGCACAAAAGAUCAAGAUUCUGGAGAUUUUUCAGGUCAUGUGACCCAACAAGAUGUGACCUUGUCAACUAUAGCAGCAGCAGACAGCACAACAUUUUAUGAGAUAGAAGAUGUACAACCAUCAGAUACUGGACUUGCUUGGUUACAGAAAAAUCUGGUUGUACAGUAUUGGAGAGGUCAUGGCUGUACUGAGGAGGGGUCAGAAGGUCAUGACUCCUGUAAUCUGACACGUGAUUGGGAAGCUUACAAACAAGCCAGUAAUCCCCUGUAUGGUGAGCCAGGCCAUGUAUUAAUCACAGAAACCAUGCUGAUUAGAGAAGUCUUAUGGAUGUUGUUUGGAGUGAAAGAUUCAUUUAUAUUUGUGUACACUGGAGAAAAGUUCCUAAUUAGAGAUAGUAUAGUACUAUCACAUUUAACAGAGAAAAUGGUAGACAGUGUUCUUUAUGAUUUAACAAAGUAUGGAGGAUACAUUCAGAAACUUGAGCAAUUUGAACAGGAAGUGACAUCAUGUAGUUACCAUGCCAACAGUGAUGAUAACAUAAUUAGUCAAACAUAUCAGUCUUUCCAAAGUGCUGUUGCCUUGGGUUUUUUGGAUUCAUUCAAAAAAGAGAUAACUAGAAUAGAAAAAAUAAUAGUGAAGCAAGAGGAAACAAUAACAUUAUCGUCCCUUCAUGCUACACUGAAACCAUGGUUACACAAACUAGACAUCUUGUAUUCUGUGUAUGUAAAGGGUAUAAAGGAAGCAGAAUGGUUGCCUAGCAACUACCAGAAAUCAUCACAUCUGAUCAGUGUUUUAUAUGAAGCCAUUACAGAAUUUGAUGCUUUGGGAGAAUUCUCAAAGGAUGUUGUUGAUCUGUUACUGCCUCUCUGGAUACAGACCACUAAACCAUAUAUAGAUAUAAUAGAUAAUUGGAUAACCAAUGGUGUAUUGUGUGAUCCACGACUGGAGUUUAUUGUCAGAAGAAAUGAAAGUGUAAAAUCCCUUGAUGAGAAAUUUUGGGAAAUAGCUUUUACCAUACAUGUUCCUGAAGAUGACCCAUCAAAGAGUAAGAUUCAGGACCAGACAGAUACAUUGGAUGACACAUCUACAUUUUCUGAAUUCUUUAGCCACUGGGCACCACAAUUUUUACAGCCUGUCUUGGUAGAGAUUAUUUUAGCUGGAAAAUCCAUGGAACUCCUACAGGAUUUAGGAAAAUUAGCAGAAGUUGUUGGACAUAAAGGGGACAUAACAUACAAAGCCACUCCAUUGUACACAAUGUUCCUGGACUCACUCCAAGAUAUGUUAGGUACAAAAAACAAUACAAAAGAUUUCCAACAGGAAAAGACAACUCAAUCAUAUACUCUGUUUUCACCCCACAUAGAACAGCAGAUGAAAAUCAAAGGCAUUUAUGAUCCAUUGCUAAGAAUAAAUUUUGAAGCCAUAUUUUCAGCCUGUGUGAAUAACUUGCAGAGAAGUUCUUUGGGAGAUACCUCAUAUAAUGAUUGGUUAACAGUCUCUUUAGUAAGAGAUGGAUUACAGCCAAUAGAUCAGUUACUACAGAAGUGUUUAUAUCCUCACAUCAAACACAAAUAUGUACAUGUCUGUUCUAAACUUGUACAGAUCCUGAAAGAAGAAUAUCAUCUUAUGGAAUAUCUCGCUACAAUGAGGCAUUUCUUUCUGAUGGAGGCAGGGGAUACUAUGUUUGACUUCUAUACUCAAAUAUUUGAUAUGAUACGCCUAAAUGAACAUUGGAGAGAUGCUUCUGUAUUAAAUUUAUGUUUACAUGAAGCUCUGCAAGCCAGAUUUCCAGAAGAAAUAAAUAGACUAGACAUAACUGUGGAAUCAUUAAAUCCUAACAAAGAAAUAAACCCUAUAAAUAUAACAGAUUGUGUAAAGCUCCAGUUCAAAGUUUCUUGGCCAGUAAAUGUGGUCAUCAACUCACAAUGUCAACAAGUAUACAACGAAAUCUUCUGUUUUCUCUUACAAAUUAAGAGGGCAAAAUAUUGCUUAGAUGAACUUAGAUUUUUUGAUUUAGAAAAAGAUAACAUUUUACAUAGCAUUUCUACAGAUGAUAUUACAAUAUCAAUGAAUGAUGGUUUAUCACAGCCAGCAAGAAUCCAUCGUAUGCAGGUUCUCAGAAUGAGGCUCCUACACUUUGUCAAUAGUUUACAUAAUUAUAUAAUGACCAGGAUUUUACAUAGCACUGGAUUAGAAUUUAAAGAGGAGCUACAGAAAGCUACAGAUUUAGAUCAGAUUAUUUCCGUCCAUACUAAAUUUGUAAAUAAAAUACAUGAAAGAUGUUUGCUGCAUAAAAAAGUGGCCUUCUUAAAAGAAGCAGUAAUGAGGGUGUUGAACCUUAUUCUUACAUUCCAAUCAAGAUGGGAUCAAGGCAUACAGGAAGUCAGCGUAAAAACCAUUGUUGUGAUGGAAACAGAGUUCUCAAGAUGUAUACAGUUUUUAUCUUCAUUCCUGAAUAAUGUUAUUAAGAGAGGAUCUUUUCCACAUUUGGAAAGUUUGGCCUUUGCUUUAAUUACCUCUACAGAACAUGUUGUCAAAAACUGAUCUUGAUGAGAAAGAAGGUGAUUUGAGAAGGAUACAGAUUCAUAAACAGUGAAGUUUUGUCUGAUCAGUCCGGAGACUAAUUAGAAUAACUUGCCAGUACUUUAAGAAAAAUUUGUUUUUCAUUUAUCAAUUUUCCUUCAAUUGAAAAAUGAUAUUUUAUGAUAUGAACUUUUUGUCUUGCCUGAUACAAAUUUUAUCUGACACAAGAUAUCGGGAUGCAUAUAUACACAGGCCAUACACAUGGUGGUGUCACAUGUUUGUACACAAUUUUAUGUAUCCAAAGUAAAAAAAAAAGCUGGAAAGUAUGUAU